AUGGGGUUCUUCAACCUACCCCUGGAACUGAUCGAGCUGAUCUUCCUCGACGCCGUCAAGGUUCGCACCUUCAAACGCGCCAUGCGCCUCCGGCUGGUCAAUCGACAGUUCAAGUACCUAGUCGACGAUGCCAUCUUCCGCACCCGCCUCCUAGACGAUGUCGCAACAAGUGCGAACCUGGACGUGCGCAAUGCCGUCUACCAUACUGACGCGUGGACUCAGUAUCUGCGAAGCUAUCUGACGAGACUCAUUUUCGAGGAGCGUAACUUGCGCUGCGUGCGCAGCCAGUAUAGGCGCGUCGCCGCAAGACUAUGCGAGGCAUCGAGUAAAAUGCAGUGUGUACAAGAGGACGCGCUGGACCUCAGGGCCUGCAUCCACGGCCUCGGCGGUGCGGCCUUUUUCAUCAAUUCGACCCUCGAGACGGCCGCACUCCUGCAAUCAUCACCGCCGCCAGCGAACGCCAUGUUGUUCAGCGAUGCCGAGUUGGACACGCUGUUCCUCAAUGCCGCCGUCUACAUGGGACUACUAUCUGUGGUCAAGCCGCUUCUGUCCGCAGACCCGAACGACUACUGGGCCUGUCCCACCGUCGCCGCCAGCAAGAAGCCGUGCCUGCGCAGCCUGCUCGACAUGGCUGCGUUCCGCGGGGACCUGGACAUGCUGAAGCACCUACUGGUGGUGAGCCGCAACGUUACGAAGGCCACCACAACCAGCGACCUCUCCCCCAACGCCGCAGCCCGUAUCUUGCGCUACGCGGCCCUGGGCGGAAACCCGUCUACCAUCGAUUUUGCCCUCAACAGCAGCGGGCCUUCCUGCCUUGCCCCAGACCUCCCACCCCCGAGGGCGGCGUUCCAGCAGAUGCGCCUCGCGCUCAAGGCCGUAGCCUCGCCAGCGCACUACCGCCGCGCGUGCGCGCUCCUCAACCCCGGCAGCCGUCUGUUCACGAACCGCGAGCACGGCGACGCCUUCUGCCGGCUCGCGGCGGCGGCGCGCUGCGGCCAUACCGACAUGGUGCGUUUCUUCCUCGCGCAGGGCGUAAGUCCCAACCCGCGCGCCGGCCGAUGUCGCGGGUCUGGACCGGCCGCCACGCCGCGCGCGCGGAAGAGCUUGGCGGUCGAGGAACACUGCAAGUCCUUGGUCAGCGCCGUGGAGAGCGGAUGUCUGGAAAUCGUAGACCUGCUCCUCGCGCACGGGGCGGACCCGAACGUGUAUCCCCCGACUGCGACGGCUCUCAUGACAGCCGUGCAUAGAGGCCACGGCGCAAUCGUGCGCGGACUUCUUGAUCAAGGAGCCCACGUGAAUGAGGGGUCCCCGCCCCCGCUCGUCGUCGCGGUGCAGCAGGAGGAUGUGGCAUCCUUUCGGUAUCUGGAGUCGCGGGGUGCAGAACUUACCCCUGAGACGGGUGCUGGCGCUAUGGGCUAUGCCGUGCGCCAUGGCUUGGAGUCCAUGGUGGACUUGCUGGCUCGUAGGGGGAUUGAGAGGGAUGCGGCGCUGUGCCAUGUCCCCAGCUGGGAUGAAGUGCGGUUUGGUCGGUAUUUGUACCGUGGUGGUGAGGAGCCAUGUGCGGUUCAGGCGCAGCCGGCACGGGUGGACGGGAAGGCGCUGAUGGUCGUUGCUUGA